UUGGAUUCCGUGUCUCUCAGCGUCUCACAAGAUGCGCAUCGUAGAUUUCCCUGCGUAACCCCGCAUCGGGUCUUUUCUUCCUAUGACAGGUUCUCGUUACUUAUACUCUGCAUGUUGGCCGUCUCCGCCUUUGAAGCGUCGAUAUUUGACAUUCAUCCAUUAAGCGUUAAACGGGCGAUUAGCUGAGAAUCUCUGAGUGCCAGAAGUGCAACACUGCGCCAAUUGCCCAUAAUGGCUUAUGUCGUCAUCAUAGGCACUUGCGAUACCAAGCUCCAGGAGCUUCUCUUUCUUCGCGACCAGAUCAAAGAGACUGCUGGAGUCGAGACGUUUCUCAUAGACGUUGGACGAAAACCGGUUGUCAACAAGGCCAUUACCAUCCCCCAGGCCCACCUCUUGUCCAAACAUGGCGAUGGAGCCGAUGUAUCGAAUAUGCCCAGGAACGAGCUUCUAGAGCUCAUGACCGGUUGUGCUUCCAAAGCAGUGCAGGAUUUAUAUCGAGCAGGCCUUGUUGAUGGCAUCGUCUCCGCCGGGGGAUCCAGCGGCACGGCGCUCGCAGCGGCUGUUAUGCGUGAUGUCCUCCCUGUUGGGCUCCCCAAACUCAUCGUCUCGACAAUGGCGAGCGGUGAUACACGGCCCGUGGUUGGUGAGACGGACAUUACGCUGAUGCACUCUGUCGUUGACGUUGCUGGGCUGAAUCCCAUCCUGCGAGACAUCUUGAGCAAUGCCGGGGCGUCAAUUGCAAACAUGGCUCUGUCCCACGCCGCCAGACGAGCCAAUAAAAUGGAAGACACGGCGGCAGAGGCCAUGAAGAAGUGGCGGGUCGGCAUCACCAUGUUUGGCGUCACAACGCCUGGAGUCGAUGCCAUCCGCGCUCAUCUCGAAUCCAACUACCCUGUCGAGACGUAUGUUUUUCAUGCCGUUGGUACUGGAGGCAGGGCCAUGGAGCGACUCAUCCGCGAAGGCCAGCUCGACGCAAUAAUUGACCUCACGACGACUGAGAUCUGCGACCAUCUGGGUGGAGGAGUUCUCUCGGCGGGAGGAGGACGACUGGAUGCCGCCGUUGAGGCCGGCCUGCCCAAUAUCGUGUCUCUUGGUGCUCUCGACAUGAUCAACUUUGGCCCAAGGGAUACAGUUCCUAAGAAAUACGAGGACCGGGUGAUUUUUGAGCACAAUGCGACUGUCACGUUGGUGAGGACUUCGCCAGAGCAAUGCCGUGAGAUCGGAGGCUUCAUCGCAGAGAAGCUCAAGAAGACCAAGAGAUCGGACAUGAUAGAGGUUUGGAUUCCCAAGGGAGGUGUUAGCAUGCUUGCGGUGCCUGGAGGUGCGUUUGAGGACUCCCAGGCGGAUAAGGUGCUCUUUGAGACGAUUAAAACAGGACUGAGUGGCAGCGGGAUCAAGAUAGUUGAAGAUGAGAGAGAUGUCAAUGACAAAGGGUUUGCGCGGGACAUUGCGGAGGCCUUGGCUGCGAAGCUGGGACUGCAGAAGGGCGGAUAGCUGAAGUGCUGUGUUACAGGAGUAAUCUCAUGAAUAUUAUCUUUAAUUAAUGUGAUGAUAUAAUCUCUUAAAAACGAGAUGAUACAGCUUGUUUUAUCCCUACAGUAUAUAUAUACAUGCA